AGAUUGAUACAGAUGAAUACAGAUUUUGAUGGAGAUGUUCUCCGUAUCGAGAUAUAGUUCUCCGUGGAGAUUAUAAAUUGAAUAAACGUUGUUAGAACAUAUCGGCUGAAAUAGUACUAUAUCGGCAGAUUCAAUAUUCAAGGGCAUUCACUUCGUGAAUCGACCGUGCAACCUCUCGCUUAAUUUGAAAAAGCAAGCCAAUGCCAGACGGAUAUUGCAACAUCAACUUCGGUCGAGUACGAGACCGCCUUUCUCUUUCUGCAUCACUUUCUCCGACACGCUACGUAGAUCAACAUGUAACGGUAGUUUAUUAUUUUGCGGCGGUUAAAAAUAUGCGGUAAAGCGUGCAAUUGCUUGCAUCUCAUCAAACUGAACGAAACGAGUACUCGGCGCAUGGAUACUCUCUUGGUUGAGAAUACAUUUUGCGUACAUAGUUCCCUCGUCCGUUCGACGUUGUCAAUCGUUAAUGUCGCGAAACGAAGCGAGCUCUAUCUCUAACGAAGCGAACGAAACAGCUUCUAUGCACUCGAAUCGAUUUCUUCUAAGGAAACGAGACUGCAUAAGAGGCGCGACAGGUUGCAACAGCAUUACCUUCUUCGCAGGAUCGCUUUCUUUUUCAGCCUUCAAUACCGUCGAUGGGCGUCAACGUAAAUGCGGCAUUUCCUGCCUGGACUUUUUCUUCCAAAUAUCCAAACGAAUGAAAUCCGUCGUAACUUUGGCGAUAAACUCCGCCGCGUCGAAUAAUUAAGGAGAGAAAUUCUUGGCAGAAUAUAAUCGGGGAAGUAAAUGUCGCAUGGGCGCUCGAGAACUCGUGUCUCCGUAUACGCGGAGUCUAUAAAAUGAUAAUUAUUUAACAUUAAAAAAAAAACUGAUUGCAAAAACCAUAAACGUGUUAUCCGGAUAGAUGUUUUGACAUGCUUUAACUAGUUACCGAGAUCACGCAGUUAGCGUUUCCGCGUGCUGUAGUGAAAAAAUGGCCUCGUAUCCAAAUAACAAUAUCUUACAGCGCAAUGUUGCAACCACAGCCCAUGAACUUUAAUUGGCACAAGAACCUCGACAGUGAACGUAUUAAAGCGAGCGAUAGAUGUGAUCCUUUCGUUACAAACCGGUUACACGUAUUUAUAACUUGCAACACUCGUUUAGAAAUCUAAGGGAACCCCAGCUCGUCUGUAACACAUGUUCUUUUUUUCUUUCGCGAGCGCGUUCAAAACUAAUAUAAUAUCCGUAAAUGCAUAAAUAUCGCAUAAAUAACAUCGAUAUACGACGUGUAGAUUGUAAGAAAAAAAAAAAAAGAAAACAGAUUACCAAGAUUGCAAUUUUUUUAACAUACGCCAAAUAAAUGAACAGAAUGCAAAAUCAAGUUUUAAUGGGAUUGUGCGUGUUGCAUCGCACAUUUACAUCUUGUGUGGAAACGAAAUUACGUGUCGAGUCUCUCUGAACUUGACUUUGGAACAUCGCGAUGUAACUGACUCACGACUCAAAAUUCAUUGUCAUUCUUAUCCAACGGCUGUCCCAAGCGUAUGUCGCGCAUAGAUCAGCAAACAUCGCCAAAGAGACUUUCGAAAGUGCUUCGUGACGAAAGAGACGCCGAAUCUUUCGCGAUCGCUUCUACUUUUACCGACUUGCCCGACGCUACCUUUAUGAAUGAAAAAUAACGACCAGUGCUUGAAUAUAGUCUUCUAAUCGCGCGCUACAUAUCCACAAUCAUCCAGAAUUAACGAUUAAAGGUUUGAAAUGCGAAUGCAUCCUACAUUUCUUUCCUUACGUGUGUUACGCACGAUGCUGCUAAAUACUUCACCGCACCUCGACACCUCGACAUUUAUGAUCUCAUAUCGCUAACAGUUAUAAUGAUUAUACAAUCGCUGCGUCUUUAACACCAACAUAAUCUGUUUCUGCAAUACGGUCGUAUUUAGCUUCCGCUUAUCUUCACAAAGCGAAGAACUCUACAAAGCGAAGAAACUCAAUAAAAGAACUGUAGGUUUUGUCCUUGAUAGAAUGUCUCCUUAAUCGUGACAAUCAAUCAAUGACAAAUUAGCAAAAAAUGAGUAAUUUAAUGAUGUUAUUUACGCCAUGCCAUGCCAUUUGAUGUACGACGGAAUACCAAGGUAAGCGAAUCGAAGCGACGCGAGUGAGAAAGUCGACUUCCACACGGCAUCUCAAACAAGAACAAAUAAAGACGCUGCAAAGAUCCUGAUGAUACUCGAUCGCAAACAGUAUGUUAAUGUGUACUGUAUUUUUUAAAUCACGGGGCGGGAUCUACGAGCCUACAGUCGCAAAGUGUGGCUAAAAGCAUCAAGCACUGUGGAAUUAAACUCUUUUUUAGUCCGAAAGACGUCGGUCGCAAUCCGCAAGCAUGCAGCCGCAAAUGACGUAACGAGUUGGCGAUCGAGCCACAGCCUGUGUAACGUAGCCUCGUAAAUCCUCCGUCAUGCUGGCGAUUAGAUAAUGUCUUUUACUUCCCGAAUAGAAAGUCUCAGUUCGCGUCCCGCCGCGCCGCGGCACCCCGAUGUUUCGCUGGCGAAGCCAUCUCGUCAUCUAAAACGGUAUCGCGUUGUUACGUUGACCGCGAUAACGAGAUUACACGUAUUAUUAUGUAUUAUUUGCGAGAAAAACGCGGCUCGCGUGCCAGAUGCUCUGUCGCGUGCGCGGUAAUUAUGCAGGUUAUUUAAUCGGACGGAAAUUAUCGUAUCUCGAUAUUUAAGCGUAGAUUACGUUAAUUGCGCGUUAGAUAAGAGCCUGCGCCGCCGGUUGACUUCUGGCCGAUCGACUCGGCCAGAAAAGGGAUCCGGGAUUGUGUAUAACAGAUAAUUAUAUCCUAACGAUCUGAUUUUCCACUUGACCACUAUACCACCAUGAGGAAAAAGUUGCUAUAAAUUUGGAAGCUGCAAAAAUCGACGGGACUUGAGAACCAUCACGCAAAAUACGGAGAAAGAUCAGGAGAGUCGCGUGAUGAAAUUUCAGAAAGUUUCAGUCGUCUCGUGGAAACGAGUGGACGACGCGUCGGGCAGAUUCACCAAUGGAUUCUUCUGGGGCAAUUCGUACUUCACGGGCUCGGCCACUGAGUGCAGCUACAUCGGACAGGAUUACUCUCGAAAAAAUUCGAAUAAGAUCCCGCUCGAGUCGUCCAUGGAGGAGGUGCGCGAGUUCAACACGGAACCGCGCAAAAAGAUCAACAGAGUUGGCGGCGUUAGCGGCGCCAAUUUGUUGGAAACAUCGUCCUUCGACGACAGACCGCCCUAUCGUCUAGGCUUCUACAUGAUGCGACUUUCUUUAAACGCAUCCCGAUACACGUCAACGAGAGUGAUCCACCUGGGGGUUUGUUUGCCGUUCUCGUGCAACGCCUCCGACGUCGCCGUGAUCGGUAAGCUCGCCGCGAGUGAUUUUGUGGAAAAGCGUUCGACGAUUGAAAAGGUCCGAGAUCAGCAUAACUUAUACGACAUGUACACGGACCCGGUCUUCUGGAUCCUGUUCGGUGUCAGUGCGGUUGUCCUGAUAUUGAUGAUCAUCGGCACGGCGUACGAUUAUUAUCUAACGAGGAAGCUGAUCCACAGGAACAACGUCAUCUACGAUCUGGAGAAGCACGGAAAGCUCGAUCAACUUACCAACGGCAACCAGAAAGUGUUAAACGCUUUUCAAGGUACGGUCUACCUUCCUGUUCCAGUGGCAGAUUCUAACACCAACGGUGUGCAGCCGAUUAAUAAUAACAACGUUCACGAGAAUGGCUUGCAGCCGUCCAACAAAGAGGAGCAUCAGCUUAAUGUCUGCCAGGAACUUCUGCUUUCGUUUUCUGUUCGCGCGAACCUGAGGACCAUCUGCGACCGUAAUGUGGGUGGAGACACCAUCAGCACCAUACAUGGACUCAGAGCGAUAUCGAUGGCUUGGGUGAUACUCGGCCAUACGUGCAUAGUCGUUUUCAAGUAUUCCGAUAACAUGGAGUACCGCAGGGUCGUGGAGAAGAGAUUUCUCUUCCAGACCAUCACGAACGGUGCGUUCAGCGUCGACACAUUCUUCUUCAUGGGCGGUUUGCUCGUGAGCUUCCUGUACUUUCGUACCAACGCCAAAGGGGACCUGAAGAGGCUCACACAGGGCACUCGUGGCUUCGCCGCGGGCACCCUCAAGUUCAUCGGGCUUCUUUUAUACAGAUUCAGCAGACUCACCGCACCGUACAUGUUCGUAUUGGGCGUGGUCGAGAUCUCGAUGAAAUAUUUCCAUGCAAAUUCCGUCUUUGAGCCUCCCACUCCGGAUCAUUACAAUUGUCCCAAUUACUGGUGGAGGAAUCUGCUCUACAUCAACACCUGGUUUCCCGUUGAGCAAAUGUGUAUGCUUUGGAGCUGGUACGUAGCGGACGACACGCAGUUCUACAUUGUGGGUGGUGUUAUACUGGUGCUUGCUACAAAUCAUUUCAAGAUCGCGGCUUUCGCGCUGGUCAGUCUAUUGGUGAGCUCGUGGGCAACCACCGGCUACAUCGCCUUAGUUAACAAUCACAUGCCGAGCUCGGACGAUCCGUUGGCCCUCUUUGACAAGAUCUACGACAAGCCGUGGACAAGGUUGGGCCCCUAUCUGAUCGGGAUGUCCGUCGGUUACUUCCUCUUCAAGAUUGACUGCAAAGUGAAAAUGUCCAAGACCACCGUCGUCGUGGGAUGGCUCCUGUCUUCUGCAUGUCUCCUGAGCUUACUCUACGGUUUGUACGAGGCGGAACUUACACCGGCUACAGCUGCUGCUUACUCCUCGUUAAGUCAUAGCGCGUGGGCGUUGGGCUUGGCCUGGAUCGUGAUAGCAUGCAGCACCGGUUAUGGAGGAUAUGUAAAUAAGAUAUUGUCGGAGCCGCUAUUGUAUCCAUUCAGCAGAGUGACUUAUUGCGCUUAUUUGGUUCAUCCGCUUGUCAUACGUCUAACUGCUAUGAACCUGGAUUCUCCGUUUCACCUGGGGAAGGAUUUAAUGUUGAUAACAUUCCUGGGACAAUUAGUGCUGUCUUACGUAUUGUCCUUCGUAAUAUCAAUCUCCUUUGAAGCACCGGUAGUCAGUAUGCUGAAGAUUCUCUCACCGAAGAAGCGGAAACGUAUACAAUAGAUAUUAGAUUAAACAUUUGACGCACACCGAAUGCUCGGUUAUUUAUACAACUUUAUGUUUACAUAUCAUAUAUAUAUAUAUAUACACAUGUAUAUAUAUACAUAUAUAUACACACACACACCCACACACACA